AGUUCUACACAGGAAGUGGAUUCAGAAAUUCAACAUGGCUGCUGUCUGAAAAUAUAGCAGAGUUCCCCUGUGCGAUGAAAUAAGCAGUACUUUUCCUAUUACGAGACAGUCGACUUCGUACGGUGUGUUAGCUGGUUCUGCCGCCGAUCCGACAUGGCUCUGUGUGUUCAGUCGGUGCAGGAGUUCGUCCAGGACUCGUUCGUCCCGAUGGUUGCCGUCUUAUGCAGCGAAGAGGCGGAGAGAGUGACUCGCAAGAACAACCUGAAUUUUGCCGAGCUGCUGAGGCCUUUCUGCAGACUGACGUCCGAAGGUAAGAUCUGCUAUUUCGGCUCUAGCUCGUGACAGACACGAUCACAUCUUUUAUACAUUGAUCGAAGAGACGGAGCGGUUGCUAUGGCCCGAAAUGGAUCAUGGUUACUAUUAGCAUUGCGCUACCAGCCGGCUAGUAAGCUGUUGUGGCAAAGCAGCUGCGAGGUAACGGGGAUCGGAUGAUCAGAUUAACUGUAGAGAAGAUAGCGACAGAGUGACACCUGAACAGUCAGCAUGUGAAAAAUUAACUCAGAAAAAAUUACUUGUUAACAAAUGGUGUUAGUGCUGGAUUACGGGACGAGAGAGAGCUCACUGAGGAAGUAAACAAGUCAACUGGCUUUAUCGCUUAUAUGAAGUUCCAGGCAACAUAUGCAGGCUUUAGGCCAAGAUUAUAUAAAUUCAUGGUUCAAGCUGUUGUCGAAAAACAAGUAACAACAAGGAGUCUUGCGUGGAAAAGUGUAAAGCAGAUGGAAGAGUUGACUGAACAGGCUACUGUGCACAGUUUCAGGCAUGUCAUGGACUAGGGAUGGGACAAAAUAUCAAUAUUAUAGUCAUCAUUGGUCACUGAUUUCUAUGCUGGUUUGACUCCGAGGGUCAGGACUUAGGCUGAGCAGAGCCAGAGUUUUUUUUUUUCUGGUGAGGCAUCAUGUCAAAAUUGAACUUUGCUGCUCCCUGCAGUCCACGCCCUUGGAGGAAAGCUGGCUUUUUGGCACACAUCAAGAACAACAUCUGAAGAAUCAACCAACUCAAUGCUUAGGUCCUAUGUAAGGAAGUCAGAGAAUGGCCCCACCAAUUAUGAGGAACUGUGUUCAAAGUUUUUGUAAAAUAUUUAGAAAUUCAAAAUAAAACUGCUGUGAGGGGCUGAGCCUUCUGCUCAUGUCCGGUAACCUGGUCAGUAGAUGAACAUAAUAUAAUAGAAUUCAACUUUAUUGUCAUUGCACGUCACAAGUACAGAGUGACGAAAUGCAGUUUGCAUCCAUCCAGAAGCGCUUGGCAAGUAAAAAUAUAUUUACAAAUGUACACGGUACGAAGGAGAUAUAUACAUGAGUAUAUCACUGGUAUAUAACAUUCUUCUGAAUAUGCUAUAACUGUAAGUAUCGCCAUGUACAGGCUAUGAACAGAUUGUGCAUAUGGUUAUAAAUAUGAAGGCUAUAAACAGACUAUAAAUAUAAGUAUAUGACAGAUAAAUUAUGCAGUAGUGCAAUAUUAGAUGGAUUUACAGUAGUGGAAAUGAGGUUUGAAAGGUUUUAACAGAGGCAGUGGUGGCAGUACAGUAGGGGUGGGAGGAAAAACUCAAUUCCCGUUAGUAUCACAUAUUUUUGUUUUACAACUAUUAAAUCAAUUUUUCUGUUCAAAAAUCCUUUUUUUAAUUUUUUUCAAAUGUAUGAAUAAAUCUUAAAAACUGACUUACAUGUGAUGCGUAUUUUGGGGGGAAAUAUGGUUCCUGGAAUAGUCAAUUGACAAUAAUAAUCAUUCAAAUCCACAAUAUCGUAGAAUUGCAAUUUGAAUUGAAUCAGCAUCCAAAACAUUGUAGAAGAAUCGAAUUGGGAAAAAAGCACAUCAUCCCAGUCCUACAGUACAGUAGUAGCAACAAGUCCAACUGUAAUGUGUCAGUAGAUAUGUCACUCAGCUCUGAAUCCUUUGACAUGUUUCCCUCAGAAUCUACUUGUUCACAAGGGAAAAUAUAAAGGGGUGUGUGCCAGUAGCUAUGAGAAAACAUGAAAACUUCUUUUCUGGGGAAGUAACGCUGAAUGUGGCCCAAUGGAAUAAGUUUUAUACCAUGACCUUGACUGUCUUUGCUCUGACUACAACAGCUCCUCUGUGGAGGUGGAAUACCACAUAGUCCAUCAUGUUGCUGUGGGUGAUCAAGCCUCAUGCUUCUGUGUGCUGUGGUGCAUCUUUAGAGAACGGCUGUCUGGAGGUCAGGAAUGUUACUGCAGUUAUUGUCCACUUUCAAAGUAUGCAGGCUUCACUUCUGGGACUUUUUGUUGAACAGAUUCCGAUUCCUGAUACCAGUAUCAGAAAAUGCCAAAUAGAGAGGGAGAGGAGGUUAGUGAUAUGAAUUCAAAAAUUCAUUAAACUUACGAUGAAUCUGAAAAAUUGCUACCAUGCAGCUGCACUAUCAUGAUAUUUCUCAUAUGUGUGCUGCAUAAAAUCAACAUAGCUUGCAAUACUACCAGUCAGUGGGUUUGUUGUUGUAGGUUUUAGGAAUCGUUUCCAUUUUUUUCACUGGUCAGUGGGCUUGAUAAUCAUAACCAAUCUCCAGUACUAAUCAACAGCUUCACUCCCUCAAACAGCAAAAAAUCCUUCAAGGUCAACACUGUAGAUAAUAACAUAGCAGAAGACGUGAAGUGAAGAUCCCUCUGUUUAUUGACAACUUUAUGAAGAUGAAGCUAACACUGGGAAACUUCAAGAGAUAUAAUGUCAAGGAAUAAAUAUCAGAAACAGUCUGGGCAAAGAAAAUCUCAGAGGUAGGAGAAACAGUACACAUGACUUGCCAACUGAGGUAAACGAUAAAUUCUGUUACUGCUCAGUUAUGGCAAAACUCCUCAUCACGAUUUUUUUUUAAUUAUAUUGAGAACCUGAUUAUUAAAUCAAAAUAUCUGGGGAUGUUUAUAUUUUAUAAUUUAUUUUUCCUUCAUCAAAAUGACCCUAGACUAUACUCUUCCUGUUCUUUACAUAGACAGUAACCUGGUCCUCAUAGAGAGUUUGUGUGGGAGACUAGAAGGGACUACUGAAAUACAAAUCACACAGUUUUUUUAAACAGCAACAGUGAAGUGGCAAAUAGGCCUCAGAGUAAUAAAGUAAUGAAAGGAGAGGACAAAUCUUGAAGUGUGAAGGCAUGAUGAGAUUUCUCAACGACGUGAUAAGCUGUUUUGUAAUAAACAGUCACAAAAACUGCAAACCAGCACUGUAACAAUGCAUGUAAUGUGGAAGUGGCUGGGCAUGAGGCAGGGCAGGAGCCACUCAAAGGGCUUUACACACACAAUAAACCUUGUUAUUCGUGUGCUGGCCUUGGUGUGAUGUGCAUCUGCCUUUUGAUCUGGUGUUGGAAAUGCGUGGCUGCUUGUUUUCACCUGAGUUUGACCAGUGUUGAUAUCCAAGCAGAGGCUGCUGCAUCUCCUAUUACACAAAUCAAUCAUAGACCUUUCCAGGCAAUGGAAAGAGAAAUGCUGGUUGAUGCUGGGAGCAGUAGCCUAAAACAUACAAAUAUUAGUACUUAAGUCUGUUAUUACCUUACAGGCGCAAGUAAACAAGAGUGAAUUGUUUUUGAUGAAAUGUAGUUCCUUCUGUGACAAUCCAUCUGCAAUAAUUUCCUUUUUUGGGUGAAUAAAAAAAUUAUUUUCUGUCUUCUAUUAUAGGCCACAUCCGGGACCCCAACAACCAAAUGCAGGUUGUGAAAAAUCUGCGCAUUUGUGUCAACAAUGUGUCAACAAGUCUGAACACAGCGUCUGCUGCCCUCAGCUCUGCCCAGUGCCGGAUGCUUAAUGAAGUGGUCUUAUCCUGUCAGCCACAAGAGGGUGCUUUGACCAAUGUGAUGACAGCAGGAGACUAUGAACUCAACUUCAGUGGUAAGGACAGAGCUUUUAGUGUAUGAACAUCUCUCACCUCCCUGUUGUUUUUUCAUCACUAGAAAGACGGUUAUUUGUAACCUUUGACCUCUUGAAAUGACAUCUGUUGCCUUAUGGACAGAUCAUCCCGUCCAUACUUAGCAUAAUCUUUUAUUGACAGAAUUUUGAUGCUCCUAUUCUCUUGUACUGCACAGUUGUGGGUACAGGUGAAUAAAUGGUGAUGUUAAAGUUAGAAAAAAAAUGUUUUUUGAAUCAUUUUCUUGUUGUAAAUCAGACAUCCUUUCUCAGAAGAAAAAAACUGCUUGAGGUCAUCUGUUAAAUCAUAAAUAAACUCUUCUACUUGCAUAUUAAAGUCUUGAUGGAUCCUAUUACAUAUAAUGUAGCAAAAAAAUCCACAACAUGAACUCUUCCAAAGUACUCAUCUAUGAAAUUAUCCGGUCUCUUGUGCAAACAUUUCUCUCUCCUUGGCAUAUCUGAGAUUUUUCAACCAUAAUGUGAAUCAGAAAGUGCCUGUACCCUUUGUAUUAAUUUAUUUUUCUUUUUAUGUACAGCAUUUUAUGCUGCAUCAUUGUUGUAUGGAAAGUGCUUUAUAAAUAAAGUUUAAUGGAUUGAUUGAUUAAAUUUCCCAUUUUGUGUUAUUCUCAGCUACCACACCCUGGUUUGAGACCUACAGGGAGAACUUCCUACAGUCUAUGCCUGCUUCUGACCACGAGUUCCUCAAUCACUACCUUGCCUGUAUCCUUCAAACAGCACUGGUUGUGAGUAGUAAAUGUGCGGUGAUCAAGUCGUCGUUUUUAAUUUCCCAGUUGUGUCCUUGACUAACUGUUGUGGCAGGCCUGCUCGUGGUGUCUUCCUCAGAAUCAGCCCCUGUGGAGCAAUUUCUUAAGCUUUCCCAGGAGCAGCACAGGGUUCAGCAUAGUGGGGAAUAUACCAACCCCAAAUGGUUUAUCCCUAACACGCUCAAGUACUACGUCUUACUUCAUGACAUGAGCGAAGGGGAUGAGCAAAGGUAUGGAAGCAGCUUAAUUACAUGCAUAUAAGAGUUUGCUGACCUUCUAGUUUGUGUUGUAGUUCAGAGCUUUCCACAAUUUAUGGUUUUAUUGAUACAAGUUUCUGGCAUUAGCAGUUUUCUGAUAGAGAAAAGUAAACAUUGCUAAAAUAUUCAUGUUUUUAUCAUUUCGCUGUUAAAGAAUAAAAAUGACCCGGCUUUUAGUUUGGAGAUAUUCGUCCAUUUCUAUUUCUAUGGCAUCAAGAAUAUGUUGUCUCUGCAGGAUUUGGGAAAAGACUGUCAUAUUUUUCAGUGAAUAGAGAAUAAGUUAAAAAAAUUUGAUGCUUUUUAAUUGAUUUGGUUUUAGCUAGAUUUUAUGUUUUUUAAUUUUGAUGGAUGUUUUCCAUUCCUCCUCAGGGCUGAAACGGUGUAUGAGGACAUGAAACAGAGGUAUGGUUCUCAGGGCUGUUACCUUUUGAAAAUCAACUCUCGCACCCCUUCAGCUGGAUCAGAUGAACAGAUUCCAGACCCCUGGAGUCAAUAUCUUCACAAGAGUAAUCUGCAAAACCAGGUAAGCAUUUUAGUCCCCCCAAAAUAACAAUCAUGGUCCAGCAGAGGAGAGAGAGUGAACUUUUAAUCACGAAUAAACAAAACGCGGACUGGAUGAUUCUCCACACUGUGCUUCCCUGUUGUUUGGAAGCAGAUGUCAGUCAGAACACAUUGAGAUUUUGAAAGUUUAAAUGAAUACACUGUAGAGGAAAGCAAGUGAGAAUACUCAACUAUAGUAUGUUGAGGGGUUAAAAAUGUCUUAUUGAUAUGAACAAACGACUGUACUAUAAUCAACCCAAACAUCAGUGCUCAAUCAAUCGAUCAAUCAAUCUGUAUUCAUCUUGCGCCAACUCACAGCACUGUUAUCUCAAGGGGCUUAACAAAAAGAGCUGGUCCAGACCAAACUCAUCGUGAUAUUUACAGGAAGUACAAACAUAAUGAUGGGUUAAGAUGGAGUCACUCUAAUCCCAUCUACAUCUACAUGAAUGUAACUCUUAGCAAGUUACUGUAGUAAGGAAAAGCUUCCUUUUAAACAGGCAGAAACCUUGAGCUCCAUGGAGCUCUGAUUGUCUGUUAGCCGAGCCACAGACAAUCAGCCACAGACAAUUAAGCCAUUCAAGCUCUGGAAUGGCUUAAUAACGAGCUAAUCAUUUGAAUCAGGUGUGCUGGAGCAGGGAAACAUCCAAAACAUGCAGGACAGUGGGCCUCGAGGACUGGACUUGAGAACCACUGGCACAGAGGAUAAUUUGGUCCACCUGAGAGGGACGAGUGUUCAUAUAGGGGCCAUCACUUGAGUCUGGACAAAAUACAGUCUAGAGCAGCCAGAAUUAGGCCAGAAAUAACGUGGUUUACUGCUCAAUCUUGAAUAUAAGAAAAGACAUGUCAGAAUUGCUUCCAUAAACUUGGUUAUAGUGCUGUCAGACAGACACCUAGUUAGCAUUUGUAGUUUUAAAUUAAAUCCUCAAUUUGUAUUUGCAUGGUAAAUAAAAAAGGGGUCUCUGUUGGGGGCAGACACAGUCUCUAUAGUGCUGCUAUAGAAACUGUUCUAAAGGAAUCUCGUAAGAGUGUGUAAGACUGCAGCUCGGCUUGGUCUUGGCUGGUCUCUACUCUGGGUUAUCAAUUCUUUAGACUAAUAAAAAUUGACAGUAUGAUUGAGAUGCUUCAUCUAAAGGACAUAUGCCCUUCUGACUAAUCAAUACUCUUACAUUUAAGUGAAAAGGAGUGGCAACUAUUCUAGAAAGCACAACGCAUGAACUCCAACAAGAGAUUAGUCUGGUACACCUUCAGUCAAAGUCGGGCAUGUGCUAACAUCACCUUUCUUUUGCAGGAUAUUCUAGAUGAUGCGGCUCCGGCUGUCAACAGCGCUGCUCAUGGGAAUAAUAGCACAGAGGAUGUGGACUGCCAUCACUCAACAGAUGGAGGUCAGCCAAUCAAACAGCUUUAGCCAUGUGUCUGACACAGAAACAAUUAACCUGUGGUCAAUGUGUGGCUGUUCCAUGCAUGCCGAUUUUAGCCAUAGGCUGCAUAAAGGAACUGAUGGACCACUUAUGAAGGUUCUAGUUGGCAUAUGUUUUUUCAGUUUUUCCUAUCACACAUGGUUCUGUAUAACUUAAGAGUUGCGUGAAUUUUUCUAUGCUGAGUUGAUUAUUGUGUUUAUUUGACUGUGCGUUAAAUGGGCUUAGCUGUUAACAAUGUGCCCCAACAGAUGGACUGUCCAACAAUUUGGAAAGUGGUCCCCUGCAGCUUGAUAAAAUCAACACCUCGGGGAGUCUGUGCAAUCUUGGUGCUGUAAGCAGUGACCUAAAGAAAGGCGCAAGAGAUCCAGACGGCACGUUGGGAGGAUCAGGAGGCCAUGGGGCAUGUCUUACCCUGAAUGACCAUGACCGCAUCAGGCAGUUCAUCCAAGAAUUCACCUUCAGAGGCCUGCUGCCGCACAUAGAGAAGAAUAUCAGACAGCUUAAUGACCAGGUAAAACUCUUGACCAUCAAGGUCAACAAUACAACAAGCUUUUAAAAAUGAAUCCAAGAUAUUGACUUAGACCAAGAAGAUCAUUGAAGAGAGACUUAGCUAAGUUUUCUGAAAACACACCUGAAAAACCAUAACUGAUCGCAUAUAAAAAUAAAGAUUAUUAUUAUUAGUAGUAGUAGUAGUAGUAGUAUUAUUAGUAUUAUUAUGAUUAUUAUUUAAAAUCAAACUGAAUUUUGCUCUUAAAUUCAUAUGUGAUACAUUGUUACCGUGCUAUUUUGGAUUUGACUGUGUGAAUCCCUUUUAAUAGCAGACCAGGCGUUCAGUCUUUGCAUUUGUUUGCAGGUUUUAAACACGCAGACCUUUAGUAAAUCAGGCCCUUAAACAUAUGAUCUGCUUCUUUGCCGACAGCUGGUGUCCAGGAAAGGUCUGAGCCGGUCUCUGUUCACUGCCACUAAAAAGUGGUUUGGUGGAGGGAAAGUUCCAGAGAAGAGCAUCAGUGAACCAAAGAGCACCUUUGGCCUUUUGUAAGUCCUGUAGCACCAACCCCAUCACACUUGAUAUGACACUUCACAAGAGCUUUUAUUAAUUUGUACAGACCAUGAAAACUUGAUAACUAUAAAACUAGUUAUAUUUAUCUCUUUCUCUCUCAAUGAUUGGACCUUUGACAUCUGUAAUUUCAGAUAUCCACCAGAGGCACCAGAGCUGCAGAUCAGGAAGAUGGCUGACCUGUGCUUCCUGGUUCAACACUACGAGCUGGCUUACAGUUGUUACCACACUGCCAAGAAGGACUUCCUGUCAGACCAGGCCAUGCUGUAUGCUGCAGGAGCACUGGUAAUGGUCACACACUCACAUUAAUCCUGCAGUGGUUCUGUUUGAGGACCGAUUGUUAGAGACAGAUACAAAAAUGCAAAUACGGAAAAUACAUGACCAUUACAGCUGCAAAAAUUAAGUCACAAACUCUGUCAACUGACUCUUCAACUUCAGCUUUGCAGUAGCACCAAAAGUGUGUUCCAAAAGAUGAUAUUAACUUUUGUUUUUCUAAGACCAAGUACAUCUAACAGCAGAAUAUCUUUGUUGGUUUGUAUCUUUGAGGUUUAUUUUUCUGUCUUUCCUCAAAUUUCUUGAUUUUCAAUUUUUCCGUAUUGUCUGUUCAUCUGUAGGAAAUGGCUGCAGUGUCGGCCUUUUUGCAGGCUGGAGCUCCUAGACCAUAUCCAGCUCACUACAUGGACACUGCUAUACAGACGUACAGAGAUGUCUGCAAGUAUGACCUAACUGCUGUUUUUCUGCAAUUUUAAGUCAGCAUUUUGGUAAUUUUGGUUAUUGUGUCAAUUAUUUACAUGGCCGUGCUAAUAUUGUGUCGUUGUUAUUUGUUCUUGAUUGUUUAUUCAAAUUAAUUCUGGCUCCUUAGCUGUCUGUUGGUAUCAAAAUUGUUUACUUUUUAAAAAGGCAAAUUUUUCAUUGGGGCAACUCACAAACUCAGCUCUGCUGCUCAUCCUACAAAUGCUUGUUUCUUAAAAAUGUGGCAAAAGGGAAAUUAACAGGCUUUCCAACAGAAUACGAUUUAUUGCCUUGUUCAAGCAAAGAAGUUGUCUACCAAACACAAAAUUCUUUACUUUUUGUGUGAGCCCCACCACAUUGAAAACUCUUAAGCAAAUUUACAACACUUUCCAGUCAGGCUUUGAGUUUUUAAGGAGACACAACAUUGCAACAUGAACUGAAACUGUAUCAGCAGACCGACAAACACAUCAGCUACAAACGUAUAAUCUGACAACCCUAUUGAGUGACUGAGAACUGAUUACAUUAUCUUUACGUUAUCAAACAUUAUCUUAUUCCUUAUGACAUUGUCUCUCAGAAAUUGUCUAGUUCCUGUGGUCGUUGUUUUUUAGCUUUAAUUGUCUUUCACACACUCUCUGCAGGAACAUGGUGCUUGCUGAGCGCUGCGCUUUACUUAGUGCAGAAAUUUUAAAGAGUCAGGGAAAAUACUCAGAAGCUGCAACUCUUCUCAUCAAGAUGACCAGCGAGGUGAGGAAACCCACGCCCUUUUCAGUUUCUAUGUACAUUUUUUUCUAGACGCCCUGGGUGUAAUGCUUACAUUAUUCAGUGUCUGAUAAAUACUGAUUUAAGUGGACUCAUUUUAGUCUCUAUACACAAGUGAAACUCAGGUAAAGUGAGUUCUACAGAGAUAAAGGAUUUAUUUUCACUCAUAAAUGUUCACGUUUGACUUAUUUAUUCCCCAGUGCUGUUUCAUGUUCAUGUAAAAACUUUAUACUGAGAUAAAUUGAUCAUUUACAAUCAAUCAUAAACAAUCAUUUUUAGUGACAAACUUAAUCUAGAGCAUCUCUCCCUUGACAGUAAUAUCUAUAGGAAUAUGGAGCAGCUGUUAAUAAAUGCAAGCAUUGAUCAAUAUAUUUCUCUUUCAGGACUCUGACUUGCGUAGUGCUCUGCUGUUGGAACAGGCUGCCCACUGCUUUAUUAAUAUGCGAAAUCCAAUGGUACGCAAGUUUGCUUUCCAUAUGAUCCUGGCUGGUCAUCGUUUCAGCAAAGCAGGACAGGUGAGCCGUUUCAGCUAGAGGGCCGCUGCAAAUAUGAACUUCCACCCACACACCCCCAAGACAAAGUAGCCUAGCAUACCUCAAUAGUCCACUCAUGAUAAUAUCAUUUUAGUACUUCUAAUUGUGAUAUAGGCAGUAUGAAAUAGCAACAUGGUAGAGCAUUUAAUGUCAAGUAUAUAAACUGAAAUGUCACGUUGCAACCAAUUUUGCAUGGGCUCCUCAUUAAAACCACACAAACACUUUCACAGCAUCUGUUUCCUCAUUGAUAUGAACGUAAAAGAACUGCUGGUUAUAGUGACCUAUAAAACAAAGAGUCUUGAUAAACAUAUUGUCAGUACACUAUUGUAUUCCUUUUCUUCUUUAUUUUCUAGUCCUCUUUGGUUACUUUUAUGUAAGUUACAACCUGUUCUCUAACCUUUCCUCAUUCUUUCUACUCCUCCCUGUAUGUAGAGAAGGCAUGCAUUGCGCUGUUACUGCCAAGCUAUGCAGGUGUACAAAGAGAGAGGCUGGUCUUUAGCAGAGGACCACAUCAACUUCACCAUCGGGCGUCAAUCCUUCACACUCAGCCAACCAGAGAACGCCGUGGCAGCUUUCAGAGAGAUCCUGGUCAACGACAGCAAGCAGACAGCCACACAGCAGGGUGCCUUUCUCAGAGAGUUUCUCUUUGUGUAUAAGGUAACUCGAGUCUAUCAUCAUGUUUCUUUACUUCAUACGGGAUAGAGCAUAAUUUUUCUUUGAUGCUACAGCUCAGAGGUAGAGUGGGUUGCCCUGUUAAAGCGGAGAUCUCCAGCUCUUGCCAUCCAUAGGAAGGAGUUGGCCUUGUACAAGAUUCUAAACCCUCAAUUUCUCCUAAAGGAAAACAAAGUGUUUGAGUGUUUGAACCUUAUGGGCGGCUAGGCAUUUUGCAUGGUUAAUAAACACUGUUAACUUCCUGCCUGCACACCUGUAAGAAGUGAAUUGUUUCUAACCUUUUGCUCAUAAAUGAUAUGAGUUAACUGCAUAGAUACAAGAGAUUGUUGUUGACAUAAGUAAGAGUUACUCAGAAAACCAGUAACCAUACAAUAUUUAGAAGUACAUUAGAUUUUUUAUUAUUAGUUAUAUCGUAGUUGCGCUCAUGCUGAAUUAACACAUUUUUGCGUCUUUUCCAGAGUGUAAUAGGGGCAAAUGAUGUCAGCCUCCCCGAGUUACCUCUUCCCUGCAUCCACGGCUCAGCCACAAGAGUGUACUUUGGACAUGAUCGUUGCCUUGCAGAGGGUAAGACAUAUAUGAGUACCUUAUUGACACCUUUGACCAAAGUGGUAACAUGCACAGAGGUAUUCAUGUAUAUUUUACACAAAUUCUCAAAUGUGUGCAAGGGUUUAUAUUUAAGAAUAUUUUAAUUUUCUCAUAGAGAGAGACAUAACCAAUGGUGAGUUUGGAUAUGUCACAGUAGACACCAGUCAGCAUGGCUAUUUGGAGACACAGUUAGAUAUAAACAAAGAUGUGCAUAAAACACCCCAAAUAUGAAUCUCUCAAUGUGAAACAUCAAGAUAGACAUUUUCAAGCUGUAAUGAAUGCCAUACAAAGUUUUGUUUAACAGACAUUUUUGUAAUAGAUAAGAGACUUUACACUUAUUUUUCUGAGGAAGCAGAUAGCAAAAGUAAAAUCGUUAAUUGGUUGAUCAGUUCAUCAAACUUGAAACAUUUUUACCUGUCCGGGUCAAGUCAAUUUUAUUAAUCAAAUUAGUCCAGUUAGGAAUCAUUGCAUACUCCUGUUAAGUACAGGCAGAAGGUAUUUUCAAACCGAGAGAUGAAGGUAUCUGACUGACAACAGAAAAUGGAUGCUAUUUUUGUAUCAGAAACAUUACAUCUGAAAAAAAAAUGUUUGAUUUUUUUCAGGGGAAAAGCAGGCAGCUACUCACGUAUCCCUUGAUCAGGAGUAUGAUCAAGAUUUGGCUGCCAUGUGGUGUAACCUGGAGGAGCAGCUUGUGGCCGCCUCCAACCGAGGGAUUGUCCCUGUUAACUUCCAGCCCACCCAGUGCUGUCUCAACAGUCAGACAGACAACCAGCGCUGCCCACUGGCUGUAGUAGAAGGUAAGAGGGUCUUCAGCAGACUGAGUGGGAUUGUGAAUGAAAAUCAUACCAACACUUUUGCCUACAACUCAUUGAAAGCUAUUUUUCUGUUUUAACAAACUGCAGAUUAUAAAGAAUAGUGUUACAAUUGGAAGUACAGUCCUAUUGAACAGAAUAGUGCCUGCUUGUUUUCAGCAAUCUGGAGCAAAUGUCCUCUCUCUCUUUCUCUGUAGAGCCUAUCAUUGUAGAGUUGAAAUUCAAGAACCCUCUCAAGGUUCCUCUGGCUCUAUCUAACCUGUCACUCCUCUGGAGAUUCACUGCUGAAAGUGGGUCUUCAUCAAAUAAGACGACUGAAGAGAUGGUCAUCACCAAUGAGGAGACCUUUGCUCAAGGGGUAAGCAGUCGAGCAAAUUUCCUCAUGGAAACUUUGAUUUCUAAUUAAUUAUCGUCAAAUACAGUAAAAUCAAACAAAAAAACUCAAUAGCCUCUUAAAUGUCUGUUUGCUUUAAAGACAAAACAGAAGGAUGAUGUUGUCACAACCGAUGUCAUCCAGGAGUUUCAAAUGAGUCCAGAGGAGACCAAAGUGGUAAGGUGUUUUCGUAAGUCUCUUUGGGGGAUUGACAGUUGGGGGGGGGUGUACAUGCCAGGGGUGGAUCCAGACUUUUUUGACUGGGUGGCCCAACUGUGAGCAAGGUGGCACAAAGUAUGUGUGUGCUUACAAACAGAUGAAUAGCAUCUAUUUAUCUACGGACUAACUAUUUUAGCUUUGGACAUUUGAGUAUGUAAACAAUGUAAAAUUCAUAACCUUAAAAAGCAACACAAUACAACACAAAGUGAGAUCCAUCCUGCUCUCCUGCUUCCCUGCCCCAUCUUCCCUUCAUGCUGGAGAGCAGUGUAAGUGAGUCAACCCAGAUCUCCCUCUCCCUAGCAACACUUACCAGCUCUUUUCCUGAGAUCCCAAGGCUUUCCUAGGCCAGGUGGGAUAUGUAAUCCCUUCAGGAAGUCACUGUCUUUUCUGCAGAGGUUCUUCACAUAUUGAAUAUGUGCUGCUCAUGCUUGACUGUAAAAUCCUUGAAAGUGAAACUCAUGAUUCUUGUACCUUGGGCAGGACCAAUAUAACCUGAACAUUCAUGCAGACAUAUGCAUGUGUAAGCCUUCACUUGAAGCAGAAUAAAUUAUAAAGGCCGUAUUCCAAAAACUAACCAAAACAAUUGAACAGUCUUUUUCAAUGAAUAAGUUCAAGUCCUGUUUUCCAUCGUCAAGUCCCAAAGUAGUCUAUGCUUUUGUUUGAGACCAAGUCUUAACCAGGAGUUUUGAUUUGUUUUUGUUUUUUUUUACCAGAGGGCUGUAAUGUUAGGUUCUUUCUAAAAAUCUAGGAACAUGAGUGGUAAUAAUAAUUGUGAUCUUGGAUCUCAGGCUCGACUCAGGCUGCUGCCACGGAGAACAGGCCAGCUGAAUAUUGUCGGUGUGGUGUAUGACCUUGCUACCGCCUUAUCUGGAGAGAAGGCUCCCAGCACUGAAGGUAAUAGAAGAGAUUUUUCAGCUGUUUAUCAAAUAAAUUAUAUUCUCUGCAAUUCAUUUCCAAUUCAUUUCAUUUUGGUGUCAGAAGAUAUGUCUGGUAUGUAUGAGCUUACUUUUAGAUUUACUGCUUAUGAAACUUUACCACUUUAAAAGAUAUGUGCUUUUUCUUGUCUGUUUUAUUGAUUUAUUCUUUUUUACAUUUCAAAAAAUUUCAUCACAGAGGAAUCCUUUUACUGAAUGCUCCGUAUUUUGCCACCACAGUUAAUCACAUUACAGAUUUCUUUGUGUUCAAAGGUCAGCAACCAUUGGAUUUGAUAGUUGUUCGAGGAAAACAGGACCUGAAAAUUCGUGGUCCUCGACUCAACCAGACCAAGGAGGACAAGAUGUCGGUCAGACAUGGUCCUGAUCACCGACUUGAUCCCAUCAUAAUGCCGCCUAUGCCCCUAAUGGAGGUAACACCGACUCACCAACUUUAAAGUUAGCUUUAAGGACUGUCUACAGGCACACUUAAAAAGCCUUUUAAGUGCCUUUAUAUGUUCAGAAUAUAUCUAAUAAUCUUCAACAAUAAGGAAAAAUGCUGACCAGUUUGAUCCUCUCAGAGCCCACAUCAGGGUAUGGUCAUUAUACAGACACAGGUGAGGCUCAUUUAUAACAACAUGUUGCCUGAAGGAUGACAACUACAAGACAUACUGGUAGGUAAUAUUAGGGCUGGGCGAUAUGGCCUCAAAUCAAUAUCAGGGUGUAUUGAGCAGUUCACCAUGAUAACAAUAAAUGGACGAUAACUACUCCACAAGCUGCUCACCCCCUCCCACAUUAACCUCGUCUACUCCAGCCCCCGUUCCAGCCACUACAAGUUUUGAACCGCCCUCCAUCUCCUCACCUGUCUUUCCCUCUUUGUUACGGACUGGAUGGGGUGGAGUCACGUCAUGUCUCCUACAUAGGACAGCAUCUUAAAAGGACAUGAGACCAUAGCCUACUUACACACAUCCAAAACCAACUUUUAUUUAUUUAUUUAUUUAUUGACACCGAAUAUACUGACAUGGGCAAAAUGAUGUCGGUUAUUGUCGUAAAUUUCGGUAUCUGUAAAUUUUCGGUUUAUCGCCCAGCCCUUGGUUAUAUUGAAUAUAUAACACAGUAAACAUAAAAUGGAAGGAUUAAAAGAGGAAAAUCACAUCCUACAGAAAGGACAAACCACUAUAAUUAUGACAGCCUAUCAUAGUUGAUUAAAGGGGAUGAUGAGAACCAAGAUCUGAUGCUUAUAUAUAGAUUACACUAAUAUAGAUGACCCUUACCUGUGUCUGAUGAAGACCCUAACUUGACAUGCCCUGAACAACUUUGUGAAGGCUUUUGUCUUGACUAUACCCUGUGUACCUGAUGAUAGCUUUUGAGGCUUCUCCCCUUUGAUGGUAUCCCUAAAAGUGUUUCUGUUCAAUUUCACAAACAUAAUUUUCCAUUUAGAAGUCUUUGUCACACUCUGAUCGUGUUUAUUUGUGCAUUUGUCUGUGUUUUCUCUCCAGAUCUUCUUCUUGCAGUUCCCCACUGCUCUGCUGUGUGGUGAGAUCAGAAAAGCCUACGUCGAGUUCUGUAAUGUCAGCAGUGUUGCUUUAUGUGGCCUCAGAGUGGUGUCCACACACCCACAUUUCUUCACCUUUGGCAGCCAGGCAACAACGCCCCUCACACCCCUCAGCCCCAACUCAACAGAAAACUGCUCGGCCUAUAAAACCAUGGUUGCUCCCCCUCAGCCACUUUCUGGGGCGUUGGAGAUGUUGGUUUCAGCAGAAGAAUUCAGCCAGAAGUCUGAUGUAAUGGAGAUACCCAUAGAUGGAAACACACUGCAGCCAGGGGAGUCCAUCCAACUCCCUCUGUGGCUCAGAGGACCGGACCAGGAGGGAGUUCAUGAAAUAAACUUUUUGUUCUACUAUGAGAGCACAGAGAAAGGAGUCAAGAUCAGGUAAGAAUGAUAGUUUGUUGAGAACGUGCACAAUAUGAUAAACCUGAUUGAAUAUUGUAAUUUCUUAAUUUUUACUGUAAUUCACGUCAGCGCCUGACAAUUUAGUAAAUAAGAAGACUUUAAUGGUCUGGAAUUACAUUUCUAAGAGUCGGACCAAAAAUGUGUUUUUUUACUUCUUUUAUUGGAGGAUUUGUUUGCUGUUCUUGGACAAAAUUAUGAAACCCAGUUUAUAAAAAUCAACAUAGUAUUUAAUCAUUAAAAAAACAAAACAAAACAUAUUUUUCUGAUUCACUUUAUUCUUAAUAUCGUAAUAUUGUCCACAAGUUCUUAAUUUUGGAUGUACCUCUAUUGAAGUUCUUGCUGCAUUACAUCAUUGGCUCUAGCACUCUGUUAAAUCCUGUUACAUCUCUGAGUAUGUGAUUUAAUUACUGUAAGUAAUUAUCAUACAUUAUUUUAUUUCAAAAGUACCUCUAAAUGAGGUUCUAAAACAGCCUGCAGACAUUUCAAAGCUCAAAUUCACUUUUUUCAGGCCUGAGGACCUCCACGGACACUUUUCUUACGUAGCAGCUCUGGAAAUCACAUCAGUUUGUUUAAUGUGGUUUAACAAGCCAAUCUUCGUUCUCUCCUCUUCUUUUCUCUGUCUUCGUGUCAAGUCAUCGUGUGUUACGUCACACAGUGUUUAUUUGCGCCAGCCGGUCUCUGAGUGUGCAGGCCUCGGCUUGCCGAAGUAGUGUUUCACCCCAUCAAAGUCAGGAUGACAAAAAUAGCAGUGGGACGUUGGUCUUCAUUGAUGUGGAGAACAUCAAUACGGUGAGAAAAGAGCAUAGAAAACACCUCCAAGGUGCACUUUCAGUAACCAUCUUUUUUUUCUGCUGAAAAGUUACACAGCUCAAGUUUUUUCUUUUUCCUACUUCGGUUCCAGAACGAGGCUGGUGUGCGAGAGUUCCACAUUGUCCAGGUGUCAAGCAGCAGUCAACACUGGCGCCUCCACAAGUGUAUCAACCCUUCCAAGGAUAAAGGUUUGAUUUUAAUACACGGUUCACUAUACAUUUUUGGGAACUUGGGUUAUCUUUCUGGCUUGUAUUUAUAUCUUAAAGCACUUUUAGAGACAAACCUUUUCCAAAAACAGCAUCCUCAAAUAAUUGUGAGAGCGUGAGAUGUAGAAACAGAUUAUGAUUUGCAAAAUACCUGUAAAUUUUCAUUAAUUGAAAACAUCUCAAACCAGACACUGAAAUACAAAUUUUACCUCUUUUAAAAAAUGUUGUGCCCAUUUUGAAUUUCAACUUAAAAGGAGCAACACAGCUGUAUUACCAUUGCUUCUCUACACUUCAGAGCUUUCACUAGAUCUGAUGCUGAUAGUUACUCUUUGGAUUUUGAUUGAUAACUCUGAUUAUGGGAUAAGCCAUGUGGAAAUGAUCACUAAUUAUACAGUGUUUUUUGUUAAUGAGGUUGGCUCCAUUCUUACCAGCUGUAAAAUAGGUUAUAAACACACUAAUGUAAUAAUUUUUUCCAUUUCACAAAUAAAACACCAACAUGAAUUUUUUUUUACAAGUUACAGACAUAAAACAAUUACAGACAGAUAGAUGUAUUACAACCAGCCAAGUCAAGCCAAGUUAGAGCUUAACAUUUUCAGUCAAAGUGUUAGCAGUCUGCUUUAUCUUCCUCUAAGGCGUAUAAUCUAUAUUUGAAAGGAUUGAAAGAGACCGGCUCUCCAUGGCGCAGUUUAAAUACAAUAUUGAAUGAAGAAUCGUCCUGUAUUGUUAGGCUUCAGUGCAACACUUAAUUCUUUCAUGUCUUUCUAAAAGCCAGCUAUCUGAGUCUUUCCUCAUCAUCCCAAUUAUAUUUACAUUUGCAGCAGCUGAAUUUCAUCAGUUUUCCACCUCACCUCUUCUCUUUAUUCAAAAAGGAAGGAGUUUUUUUUUUUCUGCAUCUAGAUCUGAAGUUAUCAUGUUGAAUUAGUGAUGAUCAAGCCAUUUGCAUUUCAUAUCUAACUAUUACAUUUGAACAAGGAUGACUUCUUUGUUUACUCAGUCUUUCCCUUUUCCUUCCCAGAUUGUAAACUAACUAGUAGAGAAAGAGCCAAGCUAUGUUUCAGGGCGACACAAUGCAAGCCUAUCCAAGGUAUGUCAACCAUUUAUGGAUCUACAUACACAGUUUUAGAGAAGGACAAGGUUUGAUCAUCUGAUUGUUGAUCAUCUUGUUUGUCUUUUUCUUAUAGCUACCUCAAAUGCUGUGGAGAAGUACACCUUUGCGGACCUGAAUCUGGGAAAUGAACGGGUAAAUUGCAGCAACAUUUUGUUCUUAGUUUAAAUGGUCAGAAGUUUGUUGUAAUCUUUAUAAUUUUUAGAACUUUUGGUUUGACACUUCAGUCCAAACAUUUCUUUUCUCUUUAAAUACAUCUCCCUGAGUUACUGAAUUUGAAAUAAUAAAUGAAAGUGUGUCUGUGUCUCCCCUCCUUCUCUUCCCCUUGUUGCUGUGUAGAUCAUAAGUUCCGCCACACCGUGUGGAGAUUUCUUUUUCCGGGGCAGCUGGACCUCGGAGUCUAAGCGAGUGAAUGCAGGGUCAUCCAGGACGUUAUCCAACAGCAAGUGUCAGAGCGGUGUUUCCUCCGAGGACACAGCCUCUGACAUUACCAACAUUGUAAAGAAGUGUAAUGAGCUGGACCUCAACAUUAUUGUCAUUUGGAAGGUACAUAUGCCAGAGAUAAAUAAAUAUAACAGGUACAUAACACAGUCUCAAGCACAGAAUCAGCAAGAAUCUGACUGUGUUCAUUUCAAAGCUCCUUUAACACACGUGAUCAACUGUUUAUAACUAAAACUGCAAAAACAAAGUAAACUGAGAAGAAACCGUCAGUUCUUGAGCCUUAAGUGAGCGAUCUGUGUCUUUACAGGCUUAUGUAGUGGAGGACAACAAACAGCUGAUUCUUGAGGGCCAGCUCCAUGUGGCCCUGCAGACCAUCGGCAAAGAGGCCAGUUCUCUGACUCCCAAAGAGGUACAGUAGGCACACACAGAGGACAAUGGUUUUCUUGUCUUCAACUCACUUGUAGUUCAGGGGGUAAACAAAGGAGGACAUUAAAAAAACAACUUUACUUUCAUUUGUUUAAUGUACACAUGGAGCGAAUACAUAAAUAUGAAUUUUAUGUGUCUUCUCCCAAAGACACAAGAUCUACAGCUAUAUUCAAAGCAGCGUCAAUGUGACAGUAAAAAUCCUGCGAAAUGUAACUUUAAGUAUCUGUAUGUGUUACUGAAUAUUUUGAUUGCAGGAAGCGCAGGAGAUGGUGCUUCUCAAGUUUAAAUCAGAGCUACCUCCUCCUGUUGUCCCCGCCUCUGCAGAGCUCUCCCAGCUCAUUAAAUCCAACCUGCACUACCCAGAGACCUACACCCAUCCUUUUUUCCAGAAUAGGUAGGACCUUCACACACUCAUACACCAAACACUGCAGCAUCCGAGCUUUAUUUCUAAGUAGACUGUAUUUUGAUGAUAAAAAAAAAUGUUGAGCACAAGAUUUCGACUGGUACUGAAGCAUUUUCAUGGUUUGUAAAUUCAAAGUAAAUUAUCUUAACUUGCCUACAGUUUAAAAUUGUAGCUACAAAUUUAACUCAUACAGUCUUCGGGCUUUUAUCUUUAAAAUGGUGAGACUAUGACUGACAACUUCAUAACUUUUAAUGAGACAGACAGGUUAUUCGUUAUUCAGCCAUGCAAUCGAAAAUACUGGAUUAUUCAAAAAGUGAAAUAUUAAGAGGAAAAGACUGAAGCUAUUAUUUUUACUACUAAGCCAUAAAUCAAAUGGCUGUGGAUCAGACUAACAGUAAAAAUGUAUUCUUCACCUUCUAUAGCUAAAUAUGAUCAGGAUAUCAUGUUUGACAAGCUUGCUUUACCUAUGUGUCAAUCAGAAUAUUAGUAGUUGUCAGGUGAACCUUUAAGCAAUCUCUUUGAAAGUAUCCCAUUUAGUACAGUAUGAUAAAGACUAAUAGUAUCAGCCCCUGCUGAAGGACUGACACACACACACAAACACUGCCCUAGGAGUUCAUAUUUGCUCAAAGACCAAACUGAAGGUCAUCGCAUCUUCGCUCAGAGAGGAAGUUGACUCAGGAGCUGUUAGCUACCUUAUUCAAGGCUGUGUUGACCGGGUGAUGACUGCAGAGUAAUUGUCGAACCACAUGAAUGUCAGAGUUUCCUUUGAAUAAGGUCAAUGUAGCAUCACUAUUUAUGUUUGAUCACCUUUUCCUCUGUCUGUAGCCUCUGUGUGGUGCCUGUUACGUUGACUUUGUCAAACUGUUCCUCGGCUCAAGUGGAUGUCCUCAUUGAAUUACGGCACAAAAGUGGCAGGUAAGGUUCAUCUGUGUGGACUUUGUGACUGUUUGUGACAAGCAGGUGACACGACUCAUUUAACAAGUUGCACUUCUUUAAUGACUUGAGUGAAAUUCUAGUUGUGUUAGUACAUUCAUUGUGCAAGUACUGCUCCCAGCUGGACAGUUGUACAUGUGACUGCAAUAUUUAGAUUAACGUAUACAUGCAGGGCAGGUUAGUGUAGAGCAGUAGUUCUCAAUCCAGUCCUCGAGGCCCCCUGUCCUGCAUGUUUUGGAUGUUUCCCUGCUCCAACACACAUGAUUCAAAUGAUCAGCUCAUUAUUAAGCCAUUACAGAGCUUGAUAACGAGCUGAUCAUUUGAAUCAGGUGUGUUGGAGCAGGGAAACAUCCAAAACAUGCAGGACAGUGGGCCUCAAGGACUGGAUUGAGAACCACUGAUUCAGAGUCAUACACGCAUAUGUACAUGUGUUUUUUACAUAAAUGAUUUCUUUUCCAGCCCAGAAUCUUUAGAUGUCCACAGCUCGUUCACCUGGGUGGGUCAGACCCAGUACAAGCUGGAGCUGAAGUCUCAAGAGGUGCUGUGCCUUACUCUGCGGGCCUGCUUUCUCCAGGCAGGAGUCUACAACCUAAACACUCCACGAGUCUUUGCCAAGCUGGCCCAGCUUGGUGCCAUGACUGAGACAAGUCAACAGACAGCCAGUCCUGCUCUCAUAAUCAUUAAUAAUGCCUGAGCGGGGCAGCAGGACAUGCAAGGAGGAGGGCCUGGAUUCUAUGGACAGAAACAACUUGGCAGAGUCUGUUGGUUACUUCUCUACAUUCGUUAACAUACCUGUUUUCUGGGCUAUAUAGGAAAGCAGGAAAACUUGUUUUAUACCAAUUAGUAAAACAGAUUUAAAACAAACAACUGCAGUUUUUAGAGUUUGAUGAGUUAAUGUUAUAGCUGAAGUUGUCCAGUUUAUGGACCUAUGAACUAUACCCCGUCUUCAACCAAACAUCAAAUUUUCAUCUGCACAUUACUUUUCUUCUUAAAGAAGCCCACUCAUAAACACACGUUGGUUUUCCUCACACCAGCCUACUGUGCUUCUGUUUUUAAUGCACAUUGUUUAACCCACCAACACUACAUCCUAACCAGAGCUGAUAAAUCCUCCAUGUUGUGCUUCUCACCAUCCUCCACAUCGAUGAGGCGUCCGUUCACCUAAAGUUCUUGGCAAGAGCCACCUAACCACUGGAUCAUAUUCACCUGCCCUCCAUGUGACUUCACAGCUCAGCAACUGUCUCACAUGCAUGCUGUUUUUCCUCGAGUCCAGCUAAUCAGAUCAGUAAACCCUCUCAGUUUUUGUUCAGUCUCACCGUGUUAUGAUAAAGAUCUUGUAUGCAGUGAUUUAAAAAAAAAUUCUGAAAAUUAUGCAUUAUAUUUAUAUAAAAAUUAAAUGUAAAUAUGAAAUAAAACUGUAAUGAAUGAUGUUUGACUGGGAUUAUCUGGAAGUUUAUUCACAAUCACAACACAGCUGAUUAUAGUGGGGCUAUUUCAUAUGCAGAGAAACAACAAUGACGAAACAACCAGAGUCUGCUUGUUACCAGCUUUUAUAAGGACAGAUCCAAACAUGGAAAGCAAAAUAUAGAAUCUUAAAAAUUUAUUCAUUUAUUGAUAUUAUUAUUUUAUGAAUGAAAUAAUACAAAAACGACAAAUACAAGAAAACAGCAAUGUUAAAAAAGAGCAGAUGAAAGAAAAAACUGCUGGCCUACAUAGAUAAACACACAUCUUUUCUAAAGCUCUCAAGAAAUUUAGGAUUAGAGCAAACCAAGAGAAAAAGGGAAAAAAAAGAAAUGCAAUCCAAGAUGGUGUACAACAGAUCAGUAUCGGCACUGUCUCUCAUUCAUUCAUGUUCACUCCUAUUGUUAUGAGUUGGUUCAUCAGAUAAGUGUGUCCAAAGGUGUCCUCAAUGAGGAUUUUUGUAUUAGUAUCUAAUGCUUUGAGUUUAUGGAUUUUUAAUUUCUGAGAGCUUUAAACCGUGAUCAAGAUCCAAACAAAAUGGUUUUGAAAUAUUUCAUCUUGUGUGGUGAAUCUAGAGUUGUGUUUCUUUUUUUUUUAAAUUAAAUUAUGGGUAAACAAUGGACUCUUUCAGGACAAUGUUAUAUUUUGAGCUGCACCUACACCACCUCAAAAGGAGGUCAAGGUUUGAGGCCAACUGCUCAGAGCAAUGACAAUAUUAAUUUCAGGCCUAACAGAGUUCAAGUCAUAAAUAAGAGGAGUACAGGCUGAUGCAAAAGUAGAUGCUGGACUACAUCUUCUCCCUUCUUUUACCGUUAUAUGUGGAGUAAUAACACUUCAUUUCCUUUUUCUUUUUGGGUUUAUUCUGUCAUACCAGUUUAAACACACCACAGGCAUAGCUGUGCCCAAGGGCCAUGUAUUUAGAUGAAAAUAUUUUGUCAUACUGGAUCUACAGUAUUUGUGCUUUCCAUAACUUUAAACUUUUGUGAGGUGCUUUUCCUACCUCAUCAUCUGUUUGGAGAUCUGAGACCACAAGCAACAUCAGAAUAUUGUAGUAACUUAUGGGAAAAGUAGACUGUAGAAUAGAAUGAGUAGAAAUAAAAACUGAUGGGCUCUAUACACAGCAGCCUCUGCCAUCAGUGUGUGGAAGUGAACGGGUGAAUGUGAGACUAAAUUUAAAAAAAAAAAAGUGCUCCGAGUGGUGAGAAGAUGAGAAAUUACCAUUCAAACACAGUCCCUUUAUUUUAAACUGGUAUUAUAAUGUGUUGUCUCAAUUUCAUGCACUGAUCUGUCUGAUUCCCACCCUUCGGAUCCAAAGCUUCCUUUUCAUUACGUUUUAUGUUCCACUCAUCAGGCACCUAUAGCGUGAUGACAGAGUUUUUCUUUUCAGCUCAAAUGUUUGGUUGGACACAACUUUCUCUUGUGUACCAUGAGAAAAAAGGUGCUGCUAUCUCAUGAUUUCACGCAAUGAAAAGGUACCAAAGGAAACAUUUGCUGCACUUCAACACUGACUCACUGAAGCACAUAAGGGCCCUUUGUGACAGAGACCAAGCUGAUGUUCUCCCUUUUUUACAACUCUCUCCUUUUUUCAGUCCUAUUUUGUCCUAAACCCAUGUCUUCUUUUUCAAUAAGACACUCCUGUGAGGAGCUGAUUGGAUUGAAAAGACUCAUUCACUCAAGACAACUAUGUUGGGCACCAAUACAUGGAGGUGAACUGUUGGAGUGUACUGGCCAAGUCUGUCUUCAUUCCAUCACUGACAUUUAUAUUACUUAACAACACAGACAGCAGUCUGUGAUGUGCCAAGAUGGCUUCUAUAAUUGGCCUCCUUAUGUAUAAACAAGACUAUGAAAUUAUGUAUAUCAUCUAAAGAAAAAACACUAUAAUUACAGCUGUGAUAUUGCAAAAAAGUGUUUAUAAAGACAUUGUGACAUUCAAGUGCUGAUUUUUAAAAAGAAGGCACGUCUGUUACAGUUCUGGAGAAGAUCAUCAACAGCUUCAAUCAUUUCUUGGUUGCCCAGUUGUGCUUACAGUACGAUAGAUAGAGAUAGAGCACUCAUACACUCCCUUGAGGUUAUGACGGUCCAGCCACAGAAAAGCAUCAAUCUUCUGGCUGCUCUGUAAUAGCUUCAUACUGCCGUGGCUUUCUAUAGAGACAAUAGUGCUGAGUCAUGAAGAGGAUGUCAAAUACCACAGAGAACAGACCCAGGCCAAACUUUGUUGGAUCUCCAAAUAUCAGCUGCCAUUCAUCUGCAAAAAAGACAGAGCAAUAAGGACAACAACAGACUCUGUGAGUAAGAUAAAAAGAUCAGGUUAGAACUAUGUGAAAAAUUCAGGUGCAUAUAUACCAACUGAUUUACAACAAACAUAAAAAUGUGUCUGCUCUCACGUCCUAAUUACGAAUGCUGCGAUGCAUAAAUGAUCAUUGUAAAAAUGCAAAGCACUCCUGUUUUUACAUUUGUUACAGAUGAAAAUCAAACUUAGUGUAGCUUGGAUUAUAGUUUGGUUUUCUAUUCAACUAGCAAUAACUCCAAUAUCUUUUUAGUUGCUGUAAACACUGUAUUCAAGAAUAACGAAAAUAUACAAAUGUAUUUAUUUACAAUCUAUUUCAAGGACUCUUCUCCAACAUGGAAGUUGUUCAUGGGUUUAAACGUCGGAAAUCAAAUGAACCCUGAGGGUAUUCCUGACAAAGAUUAGUAUACUGAGAGGACAUUGGAUUGGAUUAGAUUAGACUAGAUAAAACUUUAUUAAUCCUUUUGGGAAGGAAAUUUUAAUUCCAGCAUCAUAUUUACAGAAAAUAAAAAAAGAUCAAUGUCGCGGGUUCAGUUUCUUUAAGUUCUUUUUCGGUUGUGGAGGGAAAGAUGAUGGCACAGUCGAGAACCGAGUACGGUGAUUUCCUUUUAUUUACACCAUCUCCAAAAAAAUACCCACAGGUGAAAACUCUUAUGUACAAAAAAUAUUUACAAAAAUUAUUUACAAAAAAGACAGAGGAAAAACUAUUUACAAACCGCAAUUCAAAUACCAGGACCAACAUACGUCUGCUCAACCAGGAGGCACCCCAACAAGUGAGCUGAGCUCCUUUAAAUACCCCUUGGCCCCUCCUCCGGACAAACCAAUCAAAACAAUCAAGGGGUUUUUCAAGAUAUCAGCUAUUAUAUCAUAACUAAUAUUUCUACAUACACAAAAUAAUACAAAGCAAUUACUGUUGCUCACACCCUCCACAUGGCUGAGCCAAUAUUAAACCCAAACACAAUAUUUUUCCUAUAAAUCAAUUUGUUCCCGGACUUUGGUUUCUCCCUGGAUCACCUGACCCGCGGAGGCACGUCACCUAGUGCUACUUAACAGGUGACCCGGAACUGCCUCUGUUCAGUCCAUGAAGCGGAGACAGAAGGUGAGUGUGUAUGUGUGUGCGUGUACAUGUAAGCGAGACCCGUGUAGGUGUUUGAGUGUGCACCCUCUAACACCAACCACGGGGACGCAAGAGUCCAAUUAUUGUUUUUAAAUGUUCAUUUUGACUCCCGUCCGUCUGUCACUCCAGCCGCGAGUGACCACGCUAUUCCCCCACGUCGGCGCCGAGCGACGAGGGAGAGCGAGAGGGAGAGAAGGCGUCCAGCCGCGAGAGAGAGCGUGCGUCCAGCCGCGAGAGAGAGAGCGGCCAGCCGCGAGGGAGAGAGCGGCCAGCCGCGAUGAGGACGGCGUUAGUGGCGCCCCGCCACAUUACCCCUCUCCUCCCCGAGGUUGGCGAUGUGCGGCAACCUUGACAGAUAGUCUGCCACAACAUUGCUCUUGCCCGGCCGAUGGUGGAUCCGGAAUCUGAAUGGUUGGAGGGAGAGGUACCAGCGGGUGAGACGACUGUUGUGAUCCUUCAUCGAAUGAAUCCACGUCAGCGCCCGAUGGUCAGUCUCCAAGUCGAACUCCCUCCCCAGCAGGUAGUAUCUCAUACUCUCCAGGGCCCAUUUGAUCGCCAGGCCUUCCUUCUCCACCGUGGAGUACCUGGUCUCCCGUGGCAGCAGCUUGCGGCUCAGGUACAGCACUGGUCGCUCCUCCCCAGGUUCACCUUGGGCCAGGACUGCCCCCAGUCCCACAGCUGAAGCAUCCGUCUGGACCAGGAACCGCUGUCUGAAGUCAGGGCUUCUCAAAACUGGCGAAGAGCACAAGCAGGCUUUGAGAGCGUGGAAGGCCGUCUCGCAGUCAUUGUUCCAGAUGACAGGGUUUCUCUGGUCCUUCGCUGUCAGAGCUGUCAGAGGCGCUGCGAUGGUGGCAAACUGUGGGACGAACCUUCUGUACCAGCCGGCCAAACCCAAGAAGGACCUCACCUCCUUCUUGGUUCGAGGGCGUGGGCAGCUGCGGAUGGCCUCCACCUUGUCCACCUGCGGCCGGACCUCCCCUCGUCCCAGCCGGUACCCCAGGUACUCUGUCUCCUCCUUAGCCCACUGGCAUUUGGCUGGAUUCAGUGUCAGGCCUGCCUGCUGGAUCUGGCCCAGGACUCGCUCCAGGUGAUGCAGGUGCUGCUCCCAGGUGUCACUGAAGAUGACCACAUCAUCCAGGUAGGCAGCACUGCAGUCCUCACACCCCCGUAGAACCUGGUCCAUCAGUCUCUGGAAGGUGGCGGGUGCCCCAUGCAGGCCAAAGGGCAUCACCGUGAACUGGAAGAGGCCGGAAGGUGUCUGGAACGCUGUGUAGGGACGACUGGAUGCUUCCAAGGGUACCUGCCAGUAGCCCUUACAGAGGUCCAGGGUGGUGAUGAACCUGGCCCGGCCAAUCCUCUCCAGCAGCUCGUCGAUCCGUGGCAUCGGGUAGGCGUCAAACUCCGACAUUGCGUUCAGCUUCCUGAAGUCGAUGCAGAUGCGGAGGGAACCGUCCUUCUUCACCACAAUGACCACUGGGCUGCACCACUCGGACUGCGACGGUUCGAUCACCCCCAGGCGCUGCAUCUCUUCCACCUCCUUCAGGAGCUUGGCCACCAGAUGUUGUGGCACCCGGUAACUCCUCUGGCGAACUGGCCCCUUGUCUUUCAGGUGGACCACGUGCUCGAUGAGGCCGGUCCUCCCCGGGCUGGCAGCGAAGAGCUUGGAGACCCUCUCGAACACCUGGCACAGCUGGCUGGACUGGACAGCAGAGAGAUGGCCCAGAGCAGGUUCAGCAUACUGGUGGCGGUCGGCGAGGAUACACUCCUCCUCCCCUUCACUGUCCCCCUCCAUCACCAAUAGGGCCGCCACAGGGCCCUGAGCUGGAGCCUCCUUCCACUCCUUCAGCAGGUUGAUGUGGUAGACCUGCUUUGCCCUUUUCUUGUCCGGGUGGUGGAUCUCAUAGGUCACAGGGCCCAUCUUCCGGAGGACGGUGUACGGGCCCUGCCACUUGGCAAGCAGCUUGCUGUUGGAGGAUGGGAGGAGGAGUAGGACCUUCUGGCCGGGCUGGAACUCUCUGCGUCUGGCAUGUUGGUCAUACCACGCCUUCUGGGCCUGCUGGGCUUCGCGCAGGUUGACCUCGGCCUCCUCCCGGUACUUUGCCAGCCGGUCCCUCAUCUCCAACACGAAUUGGACCACACUGCGGUCACUGGUGCCUGUUGCAGGAGCCUCCCACGUCUUUAGAAGCAGAUCCAAUGGCCCCUGUACCUCCCAGCCAUACAGUAGUUCAAACGGGGAGAACCCCGUGGAGGCUUGGGGAACCUCUCGGUAGGCGAAAAGCAGGAAGGGUAACCACUGGUCCCAGUCUUGCCCGGUGUCAGACACAAAUUUCUGCAGCAUCUUCUUGAGGGUUUGGUUGAAACGCUCAACCAAGCCAUCUGUCUGAGGGUGGUAUGGGGUGGUCUUGAUUGUGGAGACCCCCAACUGUCGGUGGAAGAGCUGCAGGAGUCUGGAGGUGAAAUUAGUCCCCUGGUCUGUGAUGAUCUCGUCUGGAAUACCCACCCUGGAGAACAGCUGGACCAGGCAACGCAACACAGCCGGAGCAGUGACCGUGCGCAGGGGAAAAGCCUCAGGGAAACGAGUGGCAUAAUCACAGACCACCAGGAUGUACUGGUGCCCUCCGCUGCUCCUCACCAAUGGGCCAACAAUGUCCAUGGCUAUCCGCCUAAAUGGAGUGGAGAUCACGGGUAGUGGUUGGAGGUAGGCACGGUCUGAUUGGCGGACAAAGCAAGUCUUCUGACAGGUGGGACAGGUUUUACAAAAUGUUUGUACAUCCGCAUACAUGGAAGGCCAGAAGAACCUUGCAGAUAUCCGCAGGUAGGUUUUGUUGCGACCAAGAUGACCAGCCCAAGGCAAGGUGUGUGCCAGGUGCAUGAUCAUCUGCCGACAUGACACAGGAACCACCAGGCGUCUGACCUCAUCUGUCAUCGCAUAGAGCACAUUAUUGUCCACAACAAACCAGUCUUUGUCCUUCUUUGCUAGGUCCUGUCCCCAAACCACCUUGGCGAACAGGGCGUCAGAGUUGUGUCCUCCCUUUGUAAGGCCCCAAUGUCCUCUGGCACAUUCCAUCUGUCCUUUGCCAGCCCCUUUUUUCGGUCUGGCUCCUGGGAUUUCAGCCCCUUCUCAAACCGCCGCUGAUGGCGGGACUUUCUGGGGCCCUUUGUGCCCCCCUCAAACAAACCACUGUCCAGGGUUGAAAAAAGUUCUGGCUCAGGGCCCUUUUCCUGCCCUGGGCCGGUUGCAAUCCCCGCUCUGGCCUGGGCACGGGUGAUCACCAGCCCAGACAACCCUUUCCCCAGGUCACUGGCUGUGGGUCCUGCCUCCAGCAGCACGUCCAGUAGCACUGGGAAGUCCCAACCCAGGAUCGCAGCCACAGGCAACCUAUCCACCACCCCCACAGUCAGCAGAUAAGGCUGCUCGUCCACUACCACUGUCACCUCAGCUGUGGGGUAGGAAUGGCUGUCCCCGUGUGCGCACAGAAUGUCUUCCUGUCUGCUAUAAUCCACACUGCCCGUUGGCACCAGCUCCCUUCGCACCAGCGUCAGGAAGCUCCCAGAGUCAACCAAAGCAGUCACACAUUCCCCAUUUAUGGUUAUUUCCUUGAAUCUUGGUUGCCGUCCCCCAGCACUUGCAACCUCCGCUCGGGGAGUGUAGCAGGCACUGCUAAGCUUGGCUUUUCUGAUGGGGCACAGAGCAGCCUUGUGUCCUGCUUGCUGGCAGUAAAAACAAAUAAGCUCCUUACCAGGGCUGCGCUGGCGAGGUGCGGACCGAGGUUCUCCUGCUGGAUGCUGGCUGGCUCUGGCCGCUGGUCUGGGCUGUGAUGAAACCUGCCGACUGGGUCCACCCUGGUUGACUGUCGGGCCUCCCCUCCGUGCGUUAAGGUACUGCAGUGCCAGCUUCCCUGCAGCUAGCCCAUCCGUCGGCUCAUGCUCCUUCACCCAGGUGCGGAUGUCAGCCGGGAAGACCCUCAGCAGCUGCUCCAAUAUGACCUGCUCCCCGAUCUGCUCCUUUGUAUGCUGCUCUGGCCGGACCCAUCGACGGUAGAGACCCUUUAAGCGGUGGUAAGUCUCUGUGGGGUUCUCUCCUGGUGGGACAGCCAUGGACCGGAACUGCUGGCGAUAAGUCUCCGGGGAGACGUCAAAUUUCAUCAGGAGCGCUGCCUUCAGGUCCGGGUAGGAGUGAGCCAGGUCCUCAUCCAUCGCUGUGUAAGCCUCCAGCGCCUUUCCAGUGAGCAGAGGCACCAGGCGACAGGCCCACUCACUGUCUGGCCAACCCCACGUUCUGGCAAUGCGCUCGAAGCGGAGCAGGUAAUUUUCAAUGUCCUCUCCCGCCAGAUACUGAGGGAUCUUGGGGUCACCCCAGGGUCGGCUCUCAGACCUAGGAGGUUCUGCCAGGCUACUUGCCCUAAUCCUUGGUGCCUCCACGGGAGAACUGCGUCGUGGCCGAGGAGCUGGAGUUGGUAACUCAAGACGGAGGCUCAUAGUUGAUCCAGCAGAUGGCGGAGUGGUUCUUGGUGCUGGACUUGGUGUUACCGGCCUCCGUUCUGCCUCAGGCUGCUGCAGUGGGACUGGUAAGGCAGCUCGAAGCCCUCUGAGCUCUGCAAGCAAGCCCUCCUCUCUCCUCUGCUGCCCCUCCAGGAAAGUUCUCAUCACUGUAAGCAGCUCCGCCCCAGCACCUGAAGUUCCCGGGUCUGCCUGCCAGGAAGGCCCAGCAGCACCCUCUUCAUCCUCAUCCUCUGUGGCCCAGGCUGCUUCCUCCACAGCUUCUUCCACUUUUUGUGACCGCAGUCCGGUCCGUCUUCCUGUGAACCGGAUGCGUCCCCUUCGACUGGCCAUCCCACUUCUGACACCAAAUGUCGCGGGUUCAGUUUCUUUAAGUUCUUUUUCGGUUGUGGAGGGAAAGAUGAUGGCACAGUCGAGAACCGAGUACGGUGAUUUCCUUUUAUUUACACCAUCUCCAAAAAAAUACCCACAGGUGAAAACUCUUAUGUACAAAAAAUAUUUACAAAAAUUAUUUACAAAAAAGACAGAGGAAAAACUAUUUACAAACCGCAAUUCAAAUACCAGGACCAACAUACGUCUGCUCAACCAGGAGGCACCCCAACAAGUGAGCUGAGCUCCUUUAAAUACCCCUUGGCCCCUCCUCCGGACAAACCAAUCAAAACAAUCAAGGGGUUUUUCAAGAUAUCAGCUAUUAUAUCAUAACUAAUAUUUCUACAUACACAAAAUAAUACAAAGCAAUUACUGUUGCUCACACCCUCCACAUGGCUGAGCCAAUAUUAAACCCAAACACAAUAUUUUUCCUAUAAAUCAAUUUGUUCCCGGACUUUGGUUUCUCCCUGGAUCACCUGACCCGCGGAGGCACGUCACCUAGUGCUACUUAACAGGUGACCCGGAACUGCCUCUGUUCAGUCCAUGAAGCGGAGACAGAAGGUGAGUGUGUAUGUGUGUGCGUGUACAUGUAAGCGAGACCCGUGUAGGUGUUUGAGUGUGCACCCUCUAACACCAACCACGGGGACGCAAGAGUCCAAUUAUUGUUUUUAAAUGUUCAUUUUGACUCCCGUCCGUCUGUCACUCCAGCCGCGAGUGACCACGCUAUUCCCCCACGUCGGCGCCGAGCGACGAGGGAGAGCGAGAGGGAGAGAAGGCGUCCAGCCGCGAGAGAGAGCGUGCGUCCAGCCGCGAGAGAGAGAGCGGCCAGCCGCGAGGGAGAGAGCGGCCAGCCGCGAUGAGGACGGCGUUAGUGGCGCCCCGCCACAAUCAAACAUAUAAAAAGAAUCGAGAUAUAUUUGCAAGUUCAGGUAAUUUAAGUAUUAAUUUAUAAAAAGUAAGAUUUCAAGCUGUGGACAUCGCACAUUACUGUUACAACAACUACUACUACUGCUGAGCAGAAUAGUGAAUAGUGGCUACACUGUAUCUGCUUGCUGUAAAAUUGAGUUAAACAGAAAGUUUGUAAGUUGGGUGUAAGUGUCAAGUGAGGGCAGUCAGCUCAAGCUGUUUGUGCAUCACAUGGACACAUAAUUAUACAUAACAAAAGCUUAUUUCUCACUCAGGUGAACUUUGCCAUUUUUCUAUUUGAAGACAAAAAACUUGCCAAAAGUCUAAAGCAAGUCUAUUCAUAUACAUCUUGUCUUUUGGGUAUUUUUUUUAAAGAAUCAACGUAUUUUAUUUGAACAAGUCAAACCCCGUUGAGCUCCCUAAAGGGUCUUGUUUGAAUAGCAGUGUAGUGGACUGAACUGAAACUAAAGUUAGUGUUUUUUUCAAUGCAGAAAUUCCCUUUCAGUCUGUUUCAAUAGUGGCUACUCCAAAAACAACUAAUAUCAAGAACUGCAGCACAAAGUAUUAAAAAGUGCUGUGCACAAGUUACCGUUAUUGUGAGACUGUAAGAUCAUCUGAAGAAUACUGAAGGUUCCACCGGUGAAGUCCAGCAACACAUUACCAAUACUCCAGCCCUCAGUACUCUUUCUUCUGUAGUUCAUGUAUGCCUGAGAAAUAAUAAGAUAUUAAAAACAGAUCAUCAAAAUACCACCAUCAUAUAGCAUUCUGGGAGUUUCAUACAGACUCAAGAAAAAAAGUUAACAGAUAAUCAAAUGGAGUGAUUUGAUUUGCCUCGUUCUUUUGCUUUAUGGAAUACCAACAUCUUUGUCCUUUUUCUGUCAUUUCAUAAAAUCACAGCGCCACUUUCUGACAACAGGAAGUUACUGUCUCCACAAAACUAGUCAAAUCUUGUCUGGGUUACUAAAUUGUCUGGAAUAUUCUCCUAAGACCUUCCUCCAAUCCACCAAAGAUCACAUAACUGUAUGUCAAACACUGUUGUCAUGGCAACAUAAAAUCCUCCAUUAACCUCCUCAGAAUACUACUCCUUGUUUAAACUAUCUGUAGAGUCACCAAACUUGGUUUACAGAAGCCUGUUGGAGCAAUGACACAUUUGAUGCAGGUAUGGUUGAUGAGAGAUCCCUUAAUCAUGCAAUCAGCUAAACCUAAAAUUUUCAAAAAUCAUCAGGUUUUACCAGCAAAGAUGUGCUUUAAUGGGCAUAUGCAUCUUCAAUAGACCUGCAAAAAAGUCUCUUGGACCCACAUUGUAAAACUAACAGUAAUACACACAUUUUGAUUAAAAAUACACAAUGACAUUCCUUGUAAGGUAGUGCUGUUUGAAGAGUGUUCAAACAUGAAAAAAGAUGUAAAAGCCAGGGGCUCGGUUCUGAGGCGCCUACUCUCUGCACAUCACGUGACCUUCCAAAUAGACGUUUUAACAAAUACAGUGUUUAUCACAAAGCUAUUGUAGUGCGGUGCAUUGAUAUGUUUGGUUCUGAAGUGUGUAGCCCUUACCUGUGGUACAUAUUUGAUUAGAGUGACUGCUAGUUUGAUGUAGGAGAAAUAGUAGAGGUAAUCCAACCAGGUGAUCUUUUGGGCAAUGGCAAGACACAAGCUAACCAAGGCAAAAGUCCAGCCAAUCAGCAACAAGACCAAGGCUGUCCAAGAGACCUUCUGACCACCCCUCUGAAAGAGAAAGAACACAGUAUUAUAUAUUGACACAGUGUGAAGGAUACUGUACUGUAAACUGUAACUGUGGUUCUUUAAACUCAGUAAGAAUCAUAGAUUUCAGACUCGAGGCACAGAGAAGCACUAGCUUUGGUCUUAGUCUGAUCUACACAGAUUAACACUCAAGAGUGUGUAUAUAUCACAGCAUAAACAACUUGUUUCUCUGUGUCUAUAGCUUUGAAUGAAAGUUUGCUGUUGGGGUGUCUACAGACAAAUGUGGAACUAUUUCCUGGAACACAGAUACAGUUGACUGUUUCGUAAUAAGGCCAAUUGGUCAAUAUAUGGAACCAUUUCUCCCUUAAAACUCCUAAACUUCUAAAUAUUUCAAACCUCUGAUUUUCAAAAGCUUCUUAUAUUUGCAGACUCGCACCUCAUAAAUAGCAGCCUGGAUGGCGUAGAUCAAACAUAACAGGACAGCAUGGAGACUGAAGAAGACAUCAUUGGCAUCAACAGGGUUAAUCCCGUUGGGGUUCUCCUUCAGAAACUCCUCCUGUGGAAAGACACACAGCAGACAAACAGACAACAGACACCAUAUACUGUUAGACAAAAAAGGGUGUGCAGUAAUCCUGUGUGGUUUACAUACUCCACUGCAACCUGCCCUCUCAUUCAAACCAAAGUGACCAAAUAUAUCAGAAAAACAUAGAUGUUAUUCUUGCUGAAUGUUUUUACAAAAUGUUCAGUCCAGACAGCAAUGACAGGGUCAACCAACACAGGCUGCCAAGAGGUGAAUGAAAUGUGGCAUCAUUUCUAAUCUCAUUUUCAAAGCCAAUCUGUUCACUUCUCUGAAACUUUCAAAUAAUUUAGAUUCAUUUUAAUUCAUUUAAUCUUUCCUAGAACAUGGUUAAUAGUGGAUUUAAUUUUUUUUUAAUUUUUUGUUGCUGGGCACUGAAGUAGAGUUGGUGUAGGGCUGGACAUUUCCAGGAAAGUUGUAGCUUUGGGAUUUAUUGUUUAAUUCCUGAAAUGUGGGUCCAGGUUCUCCUGAAAGUUUUAAACUGACCAGUGGACUGGACUGAAAGUUUAACACAGCAGAGGGCCACUUUAAGGGAUUAAGUUACCUUUGUGUAAGGAAUCCAGAACAGCCCUAUGUUGAAGACACUGUAAGCAAUGAAGCCGGUAAGGUUGAGGGCCAGGAAAUCAAAGUUGAGACCUACAACACUAAAAACAGGCAUGUUAGAAUAAUCUGUCUAAUGUUUUUUUUGCAAUAAAACUCUGUCAAGUAAUGAUUUUGCACUAUCGAGGCUACAUAUAAACCGUUUCAUCCGAGUGGUUUGAGGAGCCAUAAAAUUAAUGAUCAAUAUGUUUACAUCUCACAACAUCAAAAUUCAAGCCUGUGAAAUUCUUAAAAGACAUCAAAAUAUCCAAUAUUAAUAGAAGAGUGGACAAACUAAAACCUUUCUGAAAAGGAAAAAGAAAGCUACCUUUUCCUCCUCCAGUUUUCCCAAGCCUGUGGGUAGAAGGACACUGACCAGGCAAGAAAGUAAAUCCAGCCUAUCACCUGGCUAAUUCCAGUGAGGAUGUUGCUACGGACAACCAUAAAGCGGAUCCUGGUGGAGAGAUUAGAGGGGAGAGAGUCAGGAUUGUGAAUGAAAUGAUUAUACAAUCAAACAAUAUUUUAAAUGCUUGGGUAAUGUCAGCAUAGGGGAUAUAAAAUGUGGCUAGAAUACACUCCUUAAAAUCCAUAGUACAUAGAAAACCCUGACAGACCACAAAAUCCCUAUUAUAUAAUUAUUAUGGGGCAGCUGUGACUCAGUUCAUGUUCAGGUUUACCUCUGAACUUUUCAACAUUCACAACUACACACCCCACCACUUCCUAAACUAGCCAUGGAGGAAAGAUAAGCUUUCCCAAAAGCACAACUCUAGGCCUAAAAAGACCAAUAUCCUCAGCUCCUUUGUUAAAAUAACUGUUCAAAACAUUUGAACCUUCUUCUGUAACUGACUCUAACAUAUAAUAUGAACACAGUAACCAGAACCAACCAGAGUCUCAAAACACGCUUAUAUCCCUAUUACAUACAAAUUAGAAACAGUAUAUGAACUCUGUUCUCUUGUGGGCCGAUACCAUGGUCUGCUUUACUGUUUUGUAUUUCUAAAAUUUGAAAGGUGCUAAUACCUAAUUGAAUAAAAAUAUUAAAAACUAAUAACAGAACUUUCAGUAUUAUUGUUUCAAGCCCUUGCAACCUCAAACGCUCAGUCAUCUCCAGGUGACAUCGAUUAAUUCCCUUAGGGCUCAGAUUUAGAAAUGUCUGUCAGCUCAGCCAGAUGACAGUUUGUAUCCAAAUUGACAAGCUGACUUUUCUCUGAGCUAACUGAAUGUUGAAACAAAAUUGUCUCUGGUGGUGAUUUGACAGACAUUACUAUCGACAGGCAUACUUUAAGAUUCUGCAAUAUUCUGGGAGAUUUACGCUAAUCUUUUUAAAUCAGUCUCGGCUGCCUCUGUACCAAAACCUACCUGUUGAGAUCUGUGUUAUUGUUCUGCAGGUGUGUCGUCACCUGACCCACUUCAUGGGACGUCACAUUAAAGGUGACUGAGGUUGCCCCUGCUGGCAGAACAACCUAAACAAAAACAAGUACAUUAAUUAAAAAAACACAAGUGUUUAAAAUAUAGCCGACAAAUGAGAGCCAUGUAAAAUAAAUAAUUAAGUCUUCCUUCAGUGUUUUGUUUUGUUUUUGUUUUGGGGGGGUUAUAUUUUACCUGUCCUGGCAGUGUAAUUAUAGAAGAGUAGUUCUGCUUGGAGCUGUAGGUAACAUUGAACUCAAUCACAGUUGAUUCGUUGACAGACAAACUAGGGAAAAACAAACAUCAAGUCAGAACAACACUUACACAUACUGCAUGUGAGUCUCUCUCUCUCUCUCUCUCUCUCUCUCUCUUCUCUUUCAAACCACAGUGAGGUCUCUUUCCAAGACAUGGCUCUCCAUCCUACUUAUGUAAAGGUAAGCUUUUAUAACUUAAUUCUUGUAACCUGUGUGGAUAACACAGGUUACAAUACUCUCACGUUUUUAUCAACAUCAUAAUUUCUGUGUAAUUCAUUAACUUUACAAUUUAACCGUGGAUCUGCUGAUUUGUAUGAAAACAAACGUCAAAUCAAAACUGGUCACGACAGUUUUUGUAGUUGCAAAAAUGGGAAAAGAUGCAGCAAAGAGCUCAUGAAAAAUCCCAAUCUUUCUCAAUCAUCCAAAAAUACUCUCUAGAACAAAGUGGUGAAUUUAAGUGAAGAACCCAGUCUUUCAUAAAAUGUGAAGGUUCAAUGAUUUUCAGUACAUUAGAGACUGUGUGUCUAUCCUCACCUGGAAGUAAUGGUGAUAUUUGCUUUUGAGGUUUCCUCUAGUGUCACCGCAUUCGGAGCAAACAAAGACAAUCUGGACUCUAGAGGAUGGACAGAUAAGAGAGGACAAACACAAGAGAGACAUUAUCAAUCAAUAAUUAAUACAUACACAGAAUUCUACAGAAUUUUUAAUUAUCACUUUUACAAACAGAUCACUGAUUCAACUGCAAUUGAUCACGUCUUUGACAUGUGGUCAGGGGGGGCUUUUGACCAUAUCAGUGCAGUGGCAAGACAGAAAUCUCCCUCUUCGUAGAGGCUGAUAGAAUCGUGUAAAUAGCAAUAACAGUCAGCUCACCAGAUAUGUCAGCGAGCAUCCAUAGAAGCAGUAGAUGAAUUGGCACCCAUCUCUUUGCCAUCUCUGCAAAAUGUUGAGUACCAUUAACCUAGAAAAAGAAAAAAAAAGUUUGUUUUUUUCCAUAGCGAUAAAGUGUAGUUUUCAUUUGCUGCUUCUGUGACACAAUGCUGAGAAAGCUGUUCGAAAUUUAGGGGUAGGCAGUUUUUAUGUGGCAUCUUCCUCCUAAACACAACUACACUCACCAUACUGAGCUGAAGUGCUGCCGAGCCACAAGUGCCUGAACUAUGGUCACGGUUAGAGGCAAGGGAUCAGCUUUUAACAGAAUGGACGUAGCAAUAAAAGAGAAGAUGGUAAAACUCAUCAACAUAGCCUACUUCAUCACUAAAGAGGACCUGGACCUUGGCACGGCAUAGAGCAAAGACCAGGUAUGCCAUAUGUUUAUUAUAGCCAUCAGUUUAUGCUUCACUAAGGAGCUUCAGAAAAAGCUGCAAUCCGCAAGAUUCUUAUCUAUCAUGUCUGACUCCUCAGUCUAACGAUGAGUGAAGGACCAAGAGUUGAUCUACUCUACCUACCUACAGGACGGCAAACCAGUGAACCAGCUCAUCCAGAUUGUUGCUCUGGAGCAUGCCCAUAGCCGGGGCAUUUUGAAUGCAGUUCUGGCUGGACUAUGAAAGGUUGGAGUGGGAGAAGAGGACCUUAAACAACGUCUAGCUGGCUCUGGGUGUGAUGAUGCUGCUGUUAUAUGCUGGGAAUGAACAAUGGAGUGGCUGCCAGACUUCAACGUUCUCCAUCCCUCUGCCCAAUCUCAGGCUUACUCUCUAGCGCUCACUGCUCUAGACUGUCAAACAGGUUCUUCAGCUGUAUGACAUCAAGCACAUUUUACAAGCCAUACACAAACACUACACCUGCUCUGCAAAGGCCACACAGGAACUUCAGGAGACCAGCAAGGGGAUGGAGAUCACUAUUAUGAGACCAGGCAGAAAUGAAGGAACUCGGCAUAUAUCGCACACAAUAGAAGCAUUGAUGAGGAACUACGGGCCCAUUUUGGUACACUGAAAAACCAGUGACCUUAAUGACAGGGAAGGAAGUGCUGCAAUGGGCAAAAAAAUGCCGUUCAUAGUAAACACACAGGAUGACUGAAAAUGACAUAUUAAGGGAACAUGCUGUUGCUGUUUUCGUAACAUAAGUAACAACAAUUAAAGAUGAUGUUUGCAUUGGGUUGGUUAAAAUAUCUUUUCUGGACGGUCCCGGGGCGCUCAAGAGGAAAGUUAGUCUGGAGCUCUGAAGCACAUCCCAGGCCUGUGCACAUCAGCGGGGACAUCUAAGUGCCCCUCUGGUGACAACCUUUGUGUUUUUACCCUGGGAGAGACUGCUAUAAUGAUGGGCAUGUUGACAAUAACCUGUAAUUUCUAUACUGUAAAUAAAUGUGAGAAUAAUUUUGUAAAAACUUACAAAGUAAGAGUACAACAUGUACAAUUACAGCUGUAAACAGAUUUUUACAUUUGCCACUAACAAGUCUUUAUACAGCUAUUAAUCUCUUUGUAAGUGAUUUUGUACAUGUUUGUAUGAUAUGUACACAGUCAGCUGUGUUUCACUGAUAUAGACAGUUUAAAACCCACAGUAUCAAACCUCCCUCUUUUGUUUUUCUUUCAAACCCUAAAGCAUAACUGUGUGUUUACACUCCUGUAUCUCAGUGUCAGUUCACUUAAAAUGAUUUUGGAUAAUUGGAUAACAUUGACACGAAGAGUAAAAGUGUUAUUUGAUUUAAAACUGAUGAAGAUGAGCAAACUUCUGUCUUUGUUUUGGAUGUCUAGUUAGGUCUCCAGGUUUAAAGGGGUUUAAAGGAGAAAUACCUGCUCUGUC